CCAGCGCUCGCACACCUGCCCAACUGUAUAAAGGAAGGGGGUAGAUAUCAAUUUACUGCUCAGGAUCCACCAUUACCAUGUCCGUCAAAGAAAUAGCGAGCACCUCAACUCCAGUACUCGUCGAAGCAACAAGCGAGGCAAUUGUCUCUCAAAUCUGGUUCAAGACAGAUCCAAUCGAUCGACCAUUCUGUUAUCGUGCCGUACAGCUACAGCUCCAGACCGACUCCUCUGACCAAGGUCAUGAAACGGCAGUAGAGCCCGGAAGUUGGAGUUGGUUUGAGCUCGUGAUUUUCGAAGACGCUCAUACGGAUAAGCCGCGCCUCAAAGAUGGAAAAGAGCUGGUCUGGCGAAGCCAUGGGAAUCGAACUGAUCCCUUGGACCUGAAAACCUCUAUUGCAAGAAACUUUGGAAUUGUCUUUGAUCGUCGCCAAGAUCUGCUCGAUGCUCUCGAGAUCGGCAACGUUGUUGGGGUACGAGUCUGCGCCAGGUAUCCUGGCUGGGUGAAUAACGCUCGAGCUGAUCUGUUCACGCCAAUGUCAUGGACGUUGAGUUCUACCCAGGAUACGCCUGAAGACAUCCCGGAUACUAUUCAAGACGGCGUUUAUACUUUGGUCCCUACCUCGGCUUGUCAGGUUGCUUCCUUGACUCAGGAUCAGGCUCAAACCAUUUGGUUUACCACCCCAGUUUUAGAUGAAGACGUUAUCGCGAAGAUUCAAGACCUUCAGCUCUUUACGCAGGCGCAUGGGAACCAAGGAGAGGAUACGACGGGUGUUUGGACCUGGUUCGAUCUCGUCAUUCUCGCAACGCCCGAAGCAACAGAACCAAAUGUCAAAGAUGGUCGGGCCUUGGUAUGGCGUAGCCACGACAUUACCAAAGAUUCCAGUGAACACACAGAGCAAACAGGAAAACUCUUUAGUCUGCAUCAGCAAGACCUUCUCAGCUUCCUCCAGCCAGGAAACGUCAUUGGUGUCCGUGCCUGCGCUCGAUUCCCAGGCUGGCAGCUCCAUGGACACUCUGCUCGUCUCGUCGUCCGAAUCUCCAACAUAGUUUACAUGGGAUCAGGACCACACCGUGCACCUGCCAAGCCAAUCGUCGACUGGAACGGCGUCGCGCAGUCCAAUCAGAAACUUCAGGCGAAGCUUGAGGAGUUUUUGGAUGCUGCGACUCCAAAAGGUGUCGAGGCAGCUCACUCCGUUGAAACGACUCUCCUGGGACAAGAGUUGCGUUCAGAUUGGCAGUAUGGAGCUGGCGGAAAACCACUCCGACUCCUUUCCCUUGAUGGAGGUGGUGUCCGUGGCAUAUCUUCCCUUUACGUCCUCAAGGCUGUGAUGAACAAGAUCACUGGUGACCCUAAUGCGAAGCCAUGUGACUACUUUGACAUGAUCGCGGGAACUAGCACUGGAGGGCUUAUUGCGCUGAUGCUCGGCCGUUUGCGAAUGUCGAUAGACGAAUGUAUCGAAGCCUACAACACCCUGGCCUCCAAGAUCUUCUCCGCCGGUCUUCUAAACAAAAUCAAGGAUGGUGUGGAUACUGGUGCACGAUACUCUGCAGAGGUCCUCGAACAAGCCGUCAAGGACGUCAUCAAGAAGUAUUCUGGCAGCGAGGACACACCUAUGCGUGACCCCGUCGAUGGGUGUAAAGUGUUUGUCGUCGCUUGCCGUGCUGACGACCUUAGCAACCGUAUCGCAACCCACUUGCGUACGUAUAUCAAUGGCAACGUCGAGAAAUCUUGGGCCGAUUACAAGAUUUGGGAAGCGAGCAGGGCAACAUCUGCAGCCCCCACGUAUUUCCCGCGCAUGAAGCUCGGUGAUUAUGAAUAUAUAGACGGCGGCAUGGGCUUCAACAAUCCCGUCCUUUUACUCAUGGGCGAAGCCCACCUCUAUUACGGAUUUGCACGACCCUUUGGCUGCUUAGUGACCAUCGGCACCGGAAUGGCACCCAACGUCUCCCUGGCACCUCAAGGCGUCGAAUUGGCCACCAACGUCGUAGGAGCGGCUGUCCUCUUGGAAGGCAUGGCAACACUCACCACCAACGCAGAGCACGCAAACAAAUUGGCAGAACCACUAAACGCGGUGGGGACAUACUACCGCUUCAAUGUAGGCAAGAAGAUCCAGGAGAAGCGGUGGGUGGAGAAAGUCGAGCCUGAUUUGUUCUCCAAAUGGUUCAAGGGUGAGAAGCCGGAGGAGAUUGAGCAUUUUACGCCGGAGAAUUGGGCUAAAGUUACGAUUGAGUUGGAUGAUUAUCAGCAUAUGCCUGAUUUUGUGAGGUUGACGCAGGAGUAUUUGAAGACGGAGGCGGUGGCGACGGAGGUGACGAUGGAUUGGCAGUUUGUACGAUCUCUUUGUAUCGAAGAACAUGGAAUAUAA